UUGUCAAUAACUUUACAGUGAAACAGAAACAAUGGAAAUGUUAUCUAUAAUGUAACUAAACAUGAAAGAGUAUAUAUAACCCGCGAAUAACCGUUAAUCAAUUAUUCAGUUGUAUUCAACAACACUAAUUAAAUAUUUACUCUACGUUAUAUUUCCGACUUGACUCCACAUGGUACUUUAGUUUAAGUGAAAAAAAUACCCAACCAAAAACUAUAAAUAUGGACUUACCGGAAAAAAUCGAAAACCUUUCGUUGAAUAACGCUCAAAACAGCACUCAAACAAAACGUGAGGGUUAUAUUGGCUGGAAGGAAUAUUUUAUGGCAAUAGCAUUUUUAGCUGCGAAGCGAAGCAAAGAUCCAAGUUAUCAAGUGGGAGCCUGUGUUGUUAAUAAAGAAAACAAAAUACUUGGGAUUGGGUACAAUGGUUUCCCAAUUGGGUGUAAAGAUGACGAUUUUCCAUGGGGUAAAAAUACACCAUCACCAUUGGACAGUAAAUUCCUUUAUGUAUGUCAUGCAGAAAUGAAUGCGAUAUUGAACAAAAAUUCUGCUGAUUUAAAUAACUGCACAAUAUAUGUGAGCCUCUUUCCAUGCAAUGAGUGUGCUAAAAUUAUAAUACAAUCUGGCAUCAGAGAAGUUGUAUAUCUAUCCGAUGAAAAAGCACACAAGCCGAUGUACAUUGCCUCUAAGAAAAUGUUUGAUGCCGCUGGUGUAAAUUACUGGCAAUUUAUACCAAAGAAUGACACCAUUGUAAUCAAAUUUACAUGAAUUGACUGGAACAACAAGACCUCAUCGAAAUUAUGUAUUAAUUAAUACAAAUCAAUAAAUAUACUUAAGAACUUUUAAAAGCAAUUGUGAUGUUUGUUGGACAUAUUUUUAUAUGAAUUAUAAGUUUUGACUUCAUAUAUUUUUGUAAGGAUAUGUAAUAAAUA